AUGCCGCAAGUGCGGCCAUUCGUGAUGGAUGGCUGGCGCAGGAGUAGCAUACCCUCAUUGAACCAUGCGGGGGGGGACGAGAUCGAAGCGUCGGUGCAGGCCUGUCCAAAACGAUUCAGGGAUGACAUCGCCGCCCUGUUUCCCUCCAUAGACAUCAAAGACUUGUUUAUUCUUAUGACCUGCCAAAAGUCGCGGGUGGACCUUGUGGGCAGGGGCCCUGAAGUGGAGGAAGAGAAGGAUCGCCUGCUGGAGAGGUUCUUCUUCCUCGCCAAGGCGGUGGUCCGGCGGCUGGAGGCCUCUGGGUACUGGGCAGACUACAUUGACCCCUGCUCCGGCAUGUCCAUGGUGCACCGUGACACAUGCGCCGUGUACGACGAGGUGGCGGCGCUGUGUGCGCUGUGCAGCUUCCGUAUACAGAACGCCGGGUGCUGCAAGGUGGCGCUGCACCCCUCCUGGGGCAGCUGGGUGUACCCCGCCACCAUCUUUGCCAAGGCGCCGGCGGAGGUGGUGGAGGCGGUGUGGCAGGAGACGCUCAUGACGUUGAAGCCACGGCACCCGCCCUACUGCGAGUGCUGCGGGGGCAAGCGCCCCGGCAUCUUGACCGGCCCCGGGGUGUGA